CUUUUUUUUUUUCGUGUGCUGCUGCUUUUUUUGACGCUCUUCUUUGCCAAGGCACACGCGCACGACAGGCCUUCAAGCGUAACAACUGCGACAAGCACUCUUGCACACACACACACACACACAUACACAACCGCGUGCGCUCACAAUGGCGGAGCACGAUCUCACGCGCCAGCUCUGUGGCUUCCUCGACAACCACAUGACGCUUGCCCUCAUCCAGAAUGCCCUCGACAAGGAGAUUUACAAGCGCGAGCAGCUGAUCACGUCCAAGCUGAAGGUGCUCGAGUCGGCCCACUUCUUUGAUGCCAUGAAGGAGGUGUACCACGACGUCAAGGCCACCGUGCCAAAAGAGGUGCUUGAGAAGGAGGAGGCGUUUAACAACCACGUCGACAGCCUGAGUGAGGAGCUCAGCAAGGUGUACGACGUCUUCUCCAAGCAGGAGGUCAUCGACGCCAUCUCAGCCUCAUACUCAAACCCAGACCCCGCCAAGUUGACAGAGAAGCUCAAGGAGCACGGCUUCGAGCCGAAGAUGCUUGACACAAUGUUCAAGGCGGCCCGCGCCUACUACGACCUCGAGCAAUACGCUACGGCCGGCACGAUGCUGUACAACUACCGCCCGCUGACGAGCGACCCGUCCAAGCGCCUGAGCGCGCUGUGGGGUCGUCUUGCCGUCGAGAUUAUGUCCGAGAAGUUUGAGGAGGCAACUGAGGUCCUUGGCGUCCUCCAGAGCAACAUCAAGGAGACGAGCCUGGAGCCCCUGAAGAAGCUGCAGCAGCGCGCCUGGCUCAUGCACUGGUCCCUCUUCAUCUUCUUCUUCGGCGACAACGGAGAGUCGAUUCGCAUCUCGCACCUCCUUGAGAAGUUCCUCCCCAAGUCUGGCGAGCGCGACCAGGAGAAGAACGAGUUUAUCGGCGCCAUCCAGACCAUGUGCCCGCACCUGCUGCGCUACUUUGCCGUCGUUGCCGUCAUCACCUGCCCGAAGCGCCCAGACUCGCGCGACGCCAUCCGCGACAUUGUGCGCAUGAUCCGCCACAAGACGGCCAAGUUCUCCGACCCCAUCACCCAGCUCCUCGAGUGCAUCUACAUCGACUUUGACUUUGACAAGGCCCUCGAGCUCCUCAGCGCCUGCGAGAAGGUGCUUGACUUGGACUUCUUCCUCACGACGUACCGCACAGACUUUGUCGAGUCGGCCUCGAAACUCAUCUUUGAGGUCUACUGCAAGAUCCACAGCAGCAUCAGCAUCCAGUUUGUCGCUGAGCGCCUGAGCAAGACAGCGAGCGAGGCGGAAAAGUGGAUUGUGGACUUGAUUCAGUCGGCCGAUCUCAGCGCCCGCAUCGAGCAAGCAGAGGGUUAUGUGAAGAUGCUUCACGAGCCACAGAGCACAUACGACCAAGUUCUCGACUCCACCCGCAGCAUUCCUCUCAGAACGCGCGCGUUGCUCGACAACUUCCACCGCCGCGGUACACGCAAGCCUCACAACAAGAAGAAGCAGGACAAGUGAACUGGACCGCCUGUUGACGUGUCGCUUGUACACACGUACGCUCUCGACCCGUGUAAGGACAGGGCCCAUGUAUUUCUCCGUCCCCCAACCAACCCCCCCCCCCCCUUCCUCCGUUUCCACUGCCCAAAGUGACCUACGACCACUGCCAACCACCACUCUUUUUACCGGACCUCUCCCCCAACAAUUGUCGAUCCUUGCCCUCCCCAUCCACCACAUGCAUAUGAUUACUCCCUGCAGCUAGUAUCGUGCACCCCACCUCUCCCUGUCUCCGAUUGAUGUGUGUUUACGUGUGUGGCUGCUUUUGCAGUCCGAUGACGACGACGAUGAUGAUGCUGAUGAUGAUGAUUGUGUAAUUGGUGUUAGGAGGCGUGCCGUGAACUGGUGCAUUGGCCCGUGGUUAUUGUCCCUCUCCCCCCUUGUCAUCGUUGUGUGUGUGUGCCUCUUCGUUGCCACUCGCGUGUGUUGUGUAUGCCAGUGCUUGUGUUUGUGCGUCGUUGGUGGGUCGUACCCCCAAGUCGUUUAUCAUGUGUGUUGUGUGUGUGUGUGUGUGCGUGUUUGCGCGUGUGCGUGUUUGCGCGUGCACGCGUAUGAUUGUGGCUGUGCGAAGCAGAAGAAUAAAGCAGAGUCGAG